AUGAUCAACGGAAAGGUCCUCGUCGUUGCCGGGUCGGACCCUUCAGGGGGGGCUGGCCUAGAAGCAGACCAAAAGGUCCUCGCCGCGCAUGGCUGCUACGCAAUGACCUCCACCACGGCGCUGACCAUCCAAAACACCAAAGGCGUCACCGGCGUCCACGUCAUACCGUCCGAAGUCGUUGGAAAGCAAAUCGAGGCCUGUCUCGAAGAUGUCGGUGCCGAUGUCAUCAAAACAGGGAUGCUGGCAUCCGCCGAAACAAUCCAAAUCAUUGCCCAAAUGGUCACCAAAUACAAGGUCCCAGCUCUAGUAGUCGACCCAGUCAUGGUCUCAACAUCAGGACACCAGCUUCUCCCUCAUGAAGCCAUCGCCCAACUAACCCAGCACCUCCUCCCUCACACCACCGUCCUCACGCCCAACAUCCCAGAAGCAACCCUCCUCUUAUCGCAAAAUGGCCGCGAACCCGGAGAGAUACAGUCAGUUGCCGACGUCGAAGCCAUGGGACGCAAGAUUCAGGAGCUAGGACCAAAAUGGGUCCUCGUCAAGGGCGGCCACAUGCCUUUCCGAAGAGACUUCAUGGUGGCAAAGGCAAAAGAAGAAAAAGAAGUUGUCAUCGAUGUUCUGAUCGGACCAGAGGGGACGGUGGUUCGGAUCGAGAGCCCGUAUCAGGAGAGCACAAGCACUCACGGAACGGGCUGCUCUCUAGCUUCGGCCAUUGCAGCUCGUCUUGCGCAAGGCGCCGAUGUGCCCACAGCUGUCCGCGGUGCUUGUCGCUACAUAGAAGCAGGCAUCAAGACGGCUCCCAAGAUUGGAAAUGGAAACGGACCACUUGACCACUUCCACUCGACAUACACUCUUCCUUUCUCCCCAGGAUACUUUGUCGAAUACCUGCUCGAACACCCCGCCGUACGCGACGUCUGGAAUGAGUUCGUCUACCAUCCCUUCGUCAUGGCUCUGGGCAACGGGACACUACCGCUCGAGUCCUUCAAGGGAUACAUCAUUCAGGACUAUCUUUACUUGGUUCACUUCUCCAGAGCAAACGCUUUAGCAGCAUACAAAGCAAAGACCAUCGGCGACAUAUCAAGAUCCAACGAAAUCAUCAGCCACAUCCUCCACGAAAUGAAGCUCCACAUAAACUACUGCAACUCCUUUGGCAUAUCCAAGCCUGAAAUCGAAGCCACCGAGGAACUCCAAGCCUGCACCGCAUACACCCGCUACGUCCUCGACGUCGGCCAAAGCGAAGACUGGCUCGCCCUCCAGAUGGCCCUCGCCCCCUGCCUCCUCGGCUACGGCGCCGUCGCAAAGAUGCUCCACGCCCACGCCGACACCGUCCGCGAGGGCAACACAUACUGGGCUUGGAUCGAGAACUACAAGGCCGACGACUAUGUCGAAGCCGUGAGAUUAGGAAGCGAACUCAUCGAGAAGAAUAUCCGGCUGCAAUCGCCCAGCAGAAUAGAGGAGCUCAUCAAGAUAUUCGUCCACGCAACAAGAAUGGAAAUCGGCUUCUGGGAAAUGUUUCCCUACAAAUAA